UUAUGUAGGCAUUAUGUCGAUGUGCGAAGAACGUUACGGCAGCGGCUCCGUGUCGCAUCGCUACACUGCUAACAAGGAGCAGCAAUUCGAGAAACGUUUGUUGCAACAUUCUACUUAUUUUGCAAUAAGAAAAUUCUUUCUGUCAGCUUUUCUUCCUCAUGGCUAUCCAGACAGCGUGAGUUCUGACUACUUGGCUUAUCAAAUAUGGGACACUGUUCAGGCAUUUUGCUCUUCAAUUACUGGCACACUUGCUACUCAUGCAGUACUGAAAGGUGCUGGAGUUGGAGAUGGAAGUGCCUCUGUGUUGGCAGCCACAAUGACAUGGCUACUUCGAGAUGGUACAGGUAUGGUAGGGAGGAUAGUGUUUGCUUGGUUGAAAGGAUCAAGUCUAGAUUGUGACGCUAAGAAAUGGAGACUCUUUGCUGAUAUUCUCAACGACAUUGCUAUCUGUUUGGAUCUUGUUGCUCCACUUCUUCCUUCAUACUUUGUGGCGAUUGUUUGUGUCUCUAGCAUAUCGAAAUCUAUUGUUGGUGUUGCUGGUGGAUCGACUCGUGCUGCUCUGACUCAACAUCAAGCCAAACAGAAUAACAUGGCUGACGUGUCAGCCAAAGAUGGCAAUCAAGAAACAUUGGUGAAUUUGACUGCACUAUUGGUUGGCUUAGUCAUGAUGCCGUCGGUGGCAGGCAAUUUGCUGUUGACUUGGAUUCUCUUUGUGUGUUUUACUGGCUUGCAUUUGUUUGCUAAUUUCAAGGCUGUUUCCUCUGUUGUCAUGAGCACAUUGAACACAUCAAGACUACAGAUUGUUGUCAAUCACUAUCUUGAGACUGGAGAGAUUGGAUCACCAGAAUAUGUUAACCAGCAAGAGUCCGUCUUUCUAGGUUGGCCAAGAAUCGGUUCUAUUAACAUUGGAGUUCCUUUUGGGUCAGUCGUUGCAAGUGUGGCCGACUUGAAUUCUUUACUACAUUCCAACUCUAAUGACAAAUUUAUUCUAAACAUCAAAAGGUCUAGCAUAAGGGUUACGUUACAUGUUGAUGCUGUCGAUCAAGACAUAAUUCAAUGCUGCUACCAGGCUGCUGUAGUGAGAGCUAUCUUAUGCGGAGUAAAUGCAACAGCAAACAGUAGAACAAAUGCUACAGCCGCUGACUUACUUCAAAAGAUGAAACUACUGAUGAAAUCAGAUGGUGGCCACUUAUCAUCUAGCGAUGCCUUGAAGCUGGUGCAUCUGUCACACAAGUACACACAAGUUGCUAGUGAUGAAUUUUUGCAUCUCCUGUCAACUCGUGGAUGGAUAUUUUCACCUUCGUUGUUGGGGGCUGAUGAAUGGAGAUGUUCCUGGAGCCGAGCAGGAGUCAAGGUGGAUUAACAACACAGUAAUAACAAUAACUGAUUAGGGUGCUGGCUGACACACCAACUGACCAAAAAUUCACUAAUUAAACUCUGAUGGCGUUGUAUUAUUGUCUGUAGUUCAUUUUCUUAAAUACUUAUAAAAAGUUUUAAUAGCAUUUGCACCAUGUGA